CCCCAUCACUUUGUCAUGUUGUCUGUUAGUGUGGCUUAUACUCGUAUCAAGUGGUCUUGCAUUGGAAUACGACACACCACUGAUGAAUGUGAUACGGUACCUGCGACUCCCACUUCUUCAACCCGAACCCGACGACCAGCGCUCUUACCAGCAUUCAGCUCGCUCUCACAGGCCGACACUGAAGACGUUUUCAGAAGAACUCAACAACCAAUCUUCCCAGCUCCGAACCUACAGCUUCUCAACAACAUCGAGUUAACUGCUCCAGUGGCCUCGGAUCUACCCAUGAUCGAGUUUCCAUUCAAAUUUGAACCCAGCGCCAACCAAUCCAGGGAUUCGAGAGAGUCCUCGCCAAGAUCUGUAUGCGAUCAGAUUUGUGGGACUCCGAUAAUCCCACAAGCUCUGGCAAAUGAUGUGGACAUGUGCGGUGCUUGGCUCAAUGCGCGCACACAGUACGCAGUAGCAGACUACAAACCACUCAAUUCCUUGGCAUCGAGGGAGAUUCAGGGGGAGCCAAAUUCCAUGUCUCAAGACCCUAACAGUAAUAUGGACAACUUGCGCAAGCAUUCGACUUUCAUUCAAGAAGAAGAGCUGGAACGUUCUAAGAUGGACCAGAUGGGGACCUCGCAUACAAGCAACUUGCACGCGGAUCACGAUAUGUCUGCUCUUCGGGAGUUUGAUGCAGAGAGAAUAGGCUUCGAGGAAGCCGCUAUGGACAGUUUAGUUACAGAGGAUGUUUAUGACGUGACUCUGGAUGCUUGA